AGCAGCGAACAGCGAGAAAUUUUAGCAGUCUGGUUCUGCCUUCGUGUAUCAGAUGUAAUCCCAGAGGCAGAAUUCUGAGCUGGAUGCCUGUAUUAAAAACGAUAUUCGUUUAAAGUAGUAAAGACACAGAGGAGACAACUGAUUUGUGAAAUGGAAAUUGAUUUGCACUUAAACUAUAUCACACACAGACUGAAGUUUAACAAUAAACUGUGAUCCUGUUUUCUCCAAGAUUGAGGACCUUCACAAUGACCCUGUUACAGAUCCUGGCCAUUAUUUUCUAUUUUGCCAAGCAAUCCUCGUUCUCUGCCAUAGACUCCAAUAUGACCUGGCAUAGACCUGUGAUCCCAGUGUUCCUUCCCCAAGAAAUACUGAAGUUGGACAAACCUCGAUUCUCUGCAAAGGCUAUACCAGAUCUGACCACUCACUGCAAUGAGGAGUGCCUGUGGAAAGAGGUUCACCCUACCUUAAAGGAUUUAAAAGAAAAUCUGUCUUAUGAAACAGUUUACACCAACGGCACUCGAACACUCACUAUGGUAGAGUUUGCUGGCUUUGAUCCAAGUACCUUUCUCUUGAAACAGUACACACCUAGGAGAUUACGGCGUAAGAGGCAGAUUUUUGGAGUGGAUGGAAGAUUUGAUAUUUCUGGAAAGCAAUUCUUGCUUCAUUUCCCCUUUUCUACAACGGUGAAAAUCUCCACAGGGUGCACAGGAGUCCUGGUGUCAGAUAGACAUGUGUUAACAGCAGCACAUUGCAUCCAUGAUGGGAAAGAUUAUGUCAAGGGGGCGAAAAAAUUAAAGGUUGGGUUUUUGCAAGAGAAUCCCAAAACCCAAAAGUUGGCAAAAAGUUCCAAACUUCCACCAAAAUUAUUGACUAGGUGGUCACGUGUCAAACGCACACAGGUACCAAAGGGUUGGAUACGAUCUCAGAAUGACCUCAGCAUGGACUAUGACUAUGCUUUACUGGAAUUGAAGAGGCCUCAUGACAGGCCACACAUGGAGAUCACAGUUAUGCCAACUACAGACCAAGUAGCAGGCAACAGAAUCCAUUUUUCAGGAUUUGACAGUGACCGACCUGGACAGCUGGUGUAUCGAUUUUGCCGAAUAAUCAAUGAGACACCUCAUCUCAUCUACCAGCACUGUGAUGCUCAGCCAGGCUCCAGUGGCUCUGGAGUGUAUGCUAAACUGUGGUUGCCAGAGAAACAGCAUUGGGAAAGAAAGAUUGUCGGUAUAUUUUCGGGACAUCAGUGGGUGGACCUCAAUGGGGUGCAGCAAGAUUACAAUGUGGCAGUUCGCAUUACACCACUGAAAUAUGCACAGAUCUGUUACUGGAUCAAAGGCGAUUAUAAUGAUUGUCAGCUCCAUUAAAGCCUAGAGACAGCAGCACAAAGAACCACAAGAAUGACCCAGCCCAUUUAAGGCAUUCAGUACCAAUUUUUAAUUCCAGCACUCUGAUUCAAAAAUAUUGAGGCCCUGCACAAGAGGACAGACAGCUGGAGCUUUUCUAGACAAAACUCCAUUUUCCUUGUGAUCAAGGUCACUGACCGAGAAUUUGAAGAUGUUUGAACAUAUCAAGACUUGGUACAUCAAUGAUCAGGUUGCCACCUUUGCAAAGUUUAAAGCUAAUCAGGAUGCAACAUUGAGGCAAAGGGUUGACUUCUCUCAUUUUCUUAAUAGAUAAAACUAUUCAUUCAUUCAACAUUGACAUUAAAAAUUCAUUCAUUCAAUAUUGACAUUAAAAAUGAGCGCGAACUAAAUGGGUUCAAUUUCUGGAGUCAUCAACCAAAACAAAAAUUAUCUGAUCAAAAAACAAUUAGUGGCCACCCUAUUCAUGAAAACCGUCUCAGUAAUUCUGUAACAAACAGUUUUGUUCUAAAGAACAGAUUUCUCUCUAGUUGCAGUUUUUUGUAAAAUUAAUUUCAAUAAGGAUUGAAAAGGAAAUUUGGAAAGGAAACAGAAAAUAAACAUAUUUAAAGCAACAUUACAUUUAAAAUCCCUACCAUCAUGUGACAAUGCUAUCAAGUCCUUUUUUUAGAACCAAUUACUAACCAUCAAUGAUUUUUCCUUUUUCCAUUUUGCUUGAAUAAAGCUUUUAGCUUCGAGAUAUUGCCCUGUGACAGAAUAACUAGAACUAGGGCAAGUUUAUUUCACUGUACCAAUUUGGAAAUUGCCACCAUUCAACAUUGUGGAACCUUCUGAAAUCUUAAUAGUCAUUUGAAAAAUACCUUUCUUGAAGGUAUUUAAGGAAAGAUUAGAGAUACCCAACUAGAAGCAAACUACCAUUGAUGCUGGAAAUCUAAAACAGACACAAUACUGAAGAAACUCAACAGAUCUCACAGUUUCUAAUCUGAAUGAAUUCUAAAGAAGAACUUGGGGUGGCAUGGUGGCUCAGUGGUUAGCACUGCUGCCUCAUGGUGCCAGGGACCCAGGUUUGAUUCCAGUCUCAGGCAACUGCCUGUGUGGAGUUUGCACAUUCUCCCCAUGUCUGCAUGGGUUUCCUCCGGAUGCUCUGGUUUCCUCCCACAGUCCAAUGAUGUGCAGGUUAGUGAAUUGGAUUUGCUAGAUUGCCCAUAGUGUUCAGGGAUGCGUAGGUUAGGUGCACUGGUCAGGGUUAAAUAUAGGGUAGAGGAAUGCAUCUGGCUGAGUUACUCUUCAGACGGUCGGUGUGGUCUUGUUGAGCUGAAGGGCCUGUUCCCACACUGGAGGGAUUCUGUUUAAAAAAAGUCAAAUGGACUCAAUGUUAAUUCUGUUACUCUCUCCAUAGAUGCUCCCAGACCUGCUGAGUUUCUGCAGCAUUCUGUGUGCUUGUCAGAUAACCUAAAACCCACCAUAUUUCCUGGGUUGAGUCCUCAGCAGUUAGAUAGCCUGCACAUCAAUCUGAGAUGCAGCUUAAUUGGUACAGCUCACCAAUUGUUCAUUUGAGCAACCUCAAAAGAAAAUGAUUGAAGGGAGCAAGGGUACAUUUCUUUUGUGAAAACAAAAGCUAGUAUUAAAAAUAGAAACAAAGAGAAGGUAGUACCAAUCCUCUUUAUUAGUCAAACCAUGUCUCGUCAUUCUUGUUUAUCUCCCAUCUCUGUGACAGCCUAUUUAGUGAUGAUCAUACCCUGUAGUGGGCAGGACUGACCAAAUGCUCAAAUGCUAUGUACAGUGUAGUCUAUCACCCUAAUACUGCCAAAGGGUCAUUUUUAUGAUCAUUAAUUUGGUAUUGAGAAAAAGUCUUUAAUGCAACAGGUAAAUUUCUCAACAAAUUUGUUUUUGUUGUGCUUAAAAAAUUUAAACAAAAUUCCAUUUAUAAGAUAUUGUCCAUUCUGCUCUCAUAUUGGGGUGGGAACAGCGAUCUUAUCACAAAACAUUUGGGCCUUUGGCACGCAGGAUACUUUUCACUGAUUGAAGCUAAUCAAAAUUCCACCCCGAUCCAAACUGUUCAGCAUAGUAUCCUAUUUUGAAAGCUAGUUACAAGUCUGUCUUGUUACUUGAUUUACAUUGCAAAUAUAAAACUGGUUAACAUGUUCAAAGAAAUUUAGAAGUGGAACUGCAUUAAAUAACACUCAAGAAAAAGAUGCAGAUUUAUUUUUGAAAUAAAUACUCCAAAUUUGUGCUUGGAAUAUACUGUGGUACAUAGUGGUGCCUACUGAGUUGAAUGUUAUUGUGUAAUUAUGGUAUGACUUCAGAUUCCUCUUUGUGACUUAGUGUCUCCUAGUUUGUUACUGCUAUCAGGAAAUUGAAAAGACAAAAAUGCUGCAAAGGUAUUGCAAAUUGCAUGAUAAAAGUUAAGUUAAAAUCGGACUGCC